ACAAGGCUUAAAUCGAAUGACAACUGAUCACUUACUACUAAUCCACUUCCAGUUUAAUUUGUAAUGUUUGGGUAGCGAACUUUUGGAUUCAAAUAUUGACAGAUUAGUAAUGUAGGUCUGCAAUAUUAGAAACAACGUUUUGCUUUCGUGAGACUAAAGUAAACUAUUCACCAACUGAGUGGUUAUCACGUUACUCCUGAAUCAUUAGGCACUUACACAUUGUUUGUUGAUGGAAGACAUGUUAGUUCCCUUUUGCACGAUAAGAUAAGAACAUUUUUAUUGCGGAUCGGCACACAGUUUAAUUGGUCGCAUCAAUAUCUUAAAUCCUUUUUAAAUUGUUUAAAUACCACGCCAUGCUAAACCACAAAAUAAACAAAGGAAGCUUUAGCUGUAAGCUUGAAUGGAACAAUAUUUACUCAAUGACAGGGAUUACUGUCAAUUUCCAUGGAAAGCAUUUAACUGCACGUCACUCAUGAUUGGGAUUUCAGUCUUCUCACACGAGCCCAUAUCAUGCACAGUUUCCUAAGUGUUUUUAUUCUCGUUAUGAUCUGUUAAGACGUGACUUCAGGCCACCGCCGGCGAAAGAUUCGUAGAAGAUUUGAAACAAGAAGAUUACGUCAAGUUACUGGAAGGCCAGACCACCAGUUUCAACAGGGAGCAAAGGAGAGGGUAAUUUGAAAACGCGAAGCUGUGAACAGUAUGCAAGAACAAUAAACAGGAUAGAAGACCUGCAAAACUUUGGUGUGGUUGCUGGGUACUCGCCUCGAUGUCUUCAGGUAACUUCCUUGAUUGAAGUCGCUCAGCAGACGUUCCAGUCGAGAUUUUGAUAAGUAAGCUUCCCGCCAUGACUGCAACACCAAGCGUCUACAAAUUCCCGCCAACAGUAAAUGCGUCCUUGUUGCCGUCAAAUCCAAAUGAUACCCAGCUCCCGCCAACCAAUCAAAGCGACAAAAACGUUAUUCUUGUCAUGAUCAGUUUAAUGGCGUUCGUUAUAUUAGCAGGUUUGAUAGGUAACGUCAUGGUCAUUGUUACAGUUGCUGCAAAGAAAAGCAUGUGGACUCCAUGCAAUUUGUUCAUAAUGAACAUCGCUGUGGCGGAUCUUUUGGUGGCGAUUAUCCUGACUCCGCUCCGAAUGGCAGAACUGUUCGUCGGGUGGCCGCUGGGGGAGUUUUUGUGCCGAUUUUUUGGACCACUGCAGGAUGUGAUCGUGUGCAUCUCAGCUGUCACUCAUACGGUGAUAGCGUUAGAAAGGCACCGUGGAAUCGUGACACCGUUCAAGAGAAAACUGUCUCUCAGGAGCGCCAAGAUAGCGAUAGUCUUCAUCUGCUUGGUUUGCUAUCUGGUAAUAGGCUUACCGUUGGCCUUAGUUUUGAAGCAAGUGGAGCAAAAAGGUGUCACUCGUUGUCGCGCUCGAUGGCCAUUAAAGACGAGCCGAGUGAUUUUCGAAGUAUACCUCGUGGCAUUUUUUAUACUUGUUCCUCUGAUUACUCAAACUGUAACUUACGUGAAGAUUGUUGCAACGAUAAAGGGGGAGGAUGCCUCAGCACAAUCAAUUUCCCGUAGUCGCACUGUGGAGCAGAGGAGAAACCAAAUCCGGAAGAAAGCACAUUUGGUUAAGAUGUUGAUCAUAAUUGUAGCUGUUUUCCAAGUGUGUUUCAUUCCACGUGGGGUCUAUAUGCUUCUCAGUGAAUUCGUCAGUUUGAGUUAUAAAGAAUCGCACAGGGAAAGUUUGUUCGUCGCUAACCUCACCUCGAUCAUCCUGUUCUAUUUAAAACAUGUCUUGAAUCCAUUUAUUCUCUUCGCGAUGAGUACAGAGUUUAAAAAGAACUGUUUUCCUUGUGGGAAUUUUUGUUCCAAAAAUUCGGACUUUAUUAAUAGUAUGAGUCAUUAUAUGUCACAGAAAUCUAAGGUACUCAAUAGCGAGGCCUCAGAAGAGAAGGAACUGAGGAAAUUGUGUGACAUUAGCUCGCCAGACAUGCAUGAUGGGAAAAAGGAGAGAGAAAGUGAUGUUUAGCGUACAGCGCCAAUCCAGCUUCAUCUUCACCGCUUCUCCACUGAGUUCGAAAACAUGUAUUCUUGGUUGAAAUCACCCGUGGUCUCUACCAACACUUGCUUAGCGAUCGGGCCUUUGAUCUGAAGCGAGGCUAGAGUUGUUUUUUCUUUUAAUGGUACGAACCUUUCUACUUUAGAAUAAGACUUAUGCAUGAUUACGUCACACGCUCAAAAUUCACCACCAAGCCUCGUUUACGAGAAAUUUUCUCAAACCUCUGGCAAUUUCGUGUUGUUUUCACGAGGGUAUUCUUUUCAUCUUUGCCGCUGUGGGAAUUUGUCCACGAUAAAAUUUUUGCAUUUUAAAAGCGAGGCUUGGUAGUGAACUGUGCUUGUCUGCCAGUAUCAUCAUGCAUAAGGGCUUGUAUAAAUAAUCCUGCUAUAUCACGCAAAUUUGUUUCUUAUAUUUGUCAUCACAAAGACAAACCAAAGUUCGCUUCCAUGCAAAGGCUUGGUAACAUUUCACAGAACUCAGCUGUAAAUGCAUUCUUCUGAAAAGGCGCCGAAAGGAUAUAUCAAUUCUUAGAUCGUGAGAAAGCUGAAUUAGCGCCUAGCUCUAGCUGAAUUAAAAAGAGCUUAAAAGUUGUCGCUAAAAAGAACUCUUGAGGUAUCGCCAGGUGGCAUGACUUCUUUAAUAAAUUCGAUUAUGAGAAGAUCAAGGUAAGAGAGUGAAUCCCCCAUAUAGGCCUAAUACCCAAGGUAAUCCCUCUUAAGUUAUUUCGAUGGCUUGAUUGUUGUUACCGGCGACGUUUCGCAAGAUAAAUAGGUCCAAAUUCGAUCCAAACAAUUCAGUAUCACAAUGCUGGGAGAAUUACAACUUCCUUUUAAUAUCCUCAGCAGGUUAAAAAAAGAAGCGUAAAACUAGGAAGUAAUACAUGACAAAGAAAUCGAUGAGAAAACGAACUGUUUGCGAGUCGGCUUGUCUUGACGAAAUACAUGAAAAUCUUACGAAGGCACAAAAAAAACAACGAAAUUGAGCUACAAAUUACCUUUGUCCAGCGACGAGGGUAAUCGAAAUCUAAAGGAAUCUAAGGAAAGUGCUCCAUUGUAGAACAAAACUAGCAAGACAACUUUGACUGCUCAUCGUUUUAAAAUAAAGGUUAUCUAUCUAUCUAUCUACUGCUCUAAAUCUGACGUUCGCAUCACGUUUUUGCAAACAAACGUGUUUUUGAGAACGCGCGCUAGGAAGCUCGGGAAAUUACCCAAGUGUCACUUGUGGCUUAGCGUUAAGAGUUUUGGAAAGUAUUAGUCUUAGAGUUUUGGAAACACGUUUGUGAGGGGGUGAAAGAAUUAUGGGGUAACCCUGCAAUGGACUAGUAUUCCACCUCGGGGAGGGGGUAGUUACACCUAGGUUGCUUCAAGCAGUGUAAACCGAAGAAUUAAAGAUACGCACACUCUGAUAACUGGCAGCUGAUUUACAUAUCUAUAUUUCUGCUUUCCAUGUUAUCACAGACCCAUGUAUAAGAGCGAAGCAACCCUGCGGGAAGUUUCAGUUUAGGAACUGAUUGGCCUCUGGGAGACUCCCGUAUAAAAAUGACGGGGGUGCUCGUCGUACAUUUUAGGGGUUAAAAAAGAGGUUUUGGUACCCCUUAGGGCGUGUAGCGUCAAAGGAUCGACAGCGGGAGGCGGGAGCGGGAGCUUUGGCAGCACCCUUUAGGGUAUUGAGUGGAAAAGAAUAUGACAGGAGAUAAUGUGUUAUGUAAGAAUUGGUGUCUCUUAGGGGAGAAUAAAUUUCAAGCCACGCCCACAA